AUGGAGGUUUCAUACAAUCAGUUUUCAGGCCAUCUUCCUUCAACCAUGGGACUUUCACUUCUCAAUCUUGAAGAGCUCUAUCUGGGUGGCAACAGAAUCACUGAAGUAUUUCCAAGCUCAAUCAUCAAUGCUUCAAAGCUGACCAUGUUAGACAUGGGACUGAACUCGUUGACUGGAACUAUACCAGACUUUGGUAAUUUAAGACUUCUACGACGCCUUCUGCUUGGAGGAAAUAAUUUGACAGGAGAAUCUUGGAGAUUUUUCUCUUCGUUAACAAAUUGUCAAUAUUUGAAGUAUAUGGAAGUAUCUUUAAAUCAGCUGAGUGGUAUCCUCCCAGCUUCUAUUGGGAAUUUGUCUACUUCUCUUCAGGUACUUAAAGCAUUUGGAUGCAGUAUUGAGGGCGCUAUUCCUCCUGAGAUUGGAAACUUAUGCAGCUUGGUAAAUUUAAACUUUGCUAGCAAUCAGUUGAUGGGAUUCAUCCCUGGAACAAUUGGAAAAUUAACAAAUCUUCAAGGUAUAUAUUUUGUCCAGAAUAAACAUGACGGAUAUAUCCCCGUCGAUUUUUGCCAGUUAACCAAUUUGGUGGACUUGGUUCUAAGUGACAAUAUGCUCUAUGGGUCAAUUCCCACAUGUUUGGGUGAGCUUAAAUCGUUGAGAACACUCAACCUAGACUCCAACAAAUUGGAGUCUACUCUACCUUUAAGCUUCUGGAACCUAAAUGAUCUUCUGAUACUAAACUUGUCCUCGAACAGAUUAAGAGGAUCCCUACCUUGGGGGAUCCAAAAUUUGAGGGCCAUCAACAGAAUAGAUUUAUCUUGGAAUCAGUUCUCGGGAGAUAUUCCAAGCUCUAUUGGCGGUAUGCAAUCAUUGAAUAUUUCAUCCCACAACAGAUUGGAGGGAGAGAUUCCCAGUGGGGGACGUUUUGCAAACUUCAGUAAUCAAUCGUUUAUGCAGAACUAUGCUCUUUGCAGUGAAAGUCGACAACAAUUUUCACCGUGUGGAAGGACUCAUAAAAGAUCACGGUCGAAGAAAGUAGUUACGCUAAUGAAAUAUAUUCUUCCCCCUGCCUUAUCAUUAAUCCUUGCCAUGAGCCUGACACUGUUUAUAGUAAGAAGACGUAAGCAGGACAGGCCAGUACCCCAAAGUGAAAUUCCAUUCCGUCUUGAAUGGAGAAGGAUUUCUUAUCGAGAACUUCAAGAAGCAACAAAUGCAUUUAGUGAAAGCAACAUACUUGGAAGUGGAAGUUUUGGUUCAGUAUAUGGAGGGACACUUUCUGAUGGGCUAAAUGUUGCAGUGAAAGUUUUUAAUUUGCAGUCACCAGAGGCAAGAGCAACCAAGAGCUUCGCUACAGAAAGUAAAGUACUGAGUACCAUUCGUCAUAGGAAUUUAGUCAAAAUCAUCGGCUGUUGCAGCAAUACAGAGUUCAAAGCACUGGUACUGGAGUACAUGCCUAAUGGGAGCCUCGAGAAAUGGUUAUAUUCCCACAACUAUUUCUUGGACAUGCUAAAAAGAUUAAAUAUAGCAAUUGAUGUUGCAUUAGCUCUAGAAUAUCUCCAUCAUGGUGAUACAUACCCCAUUGUACAUUCUGAUUUGAAGCCUAGCAAUGUCCUGCUUGACGAAGAUAUGGUUGCCCACAUUGGUUAUUUUGGUAUUGCCAAACUCUUCAGCAAAGGAGAGUCAAUGGCUUUUACGAAUACCUUAGCAACAAUUGGAUAUAUGGCACCAGAAUAUGGAACUGAAGGAAUAGUAUCCACUAGUGGUGAUGUCUACAGUUACAGAGUGAUGCUGCUGGAGAUGUAUACAAGGAAGAAGCCAACAUAUGAGAUGUUUGACGAACAAAUGAGCUUGAAAAGUUGGGUUAGUCAAUCAUUAAACGAGAAUAGAAUAACUGAAGUUGUGGACACAAAUUUGCUUGGUAGAGAAGACGAGAAUCUCUCCAGAAAGGAGCAAUGUGUCUAUUCGACUUUGGCUUUGGCGAUAGAAUGUUUGAUUGAUUCUACAACAGAAAGAAUCAACAUGAGGGAAGUUGUGGCUAGACUUCAAAAGAUCAAAGCUGUGUUUCUAGCAAGAUAGGCAAGUUCUCUAUAACAAAUGAUUUAAGGUUGUUCCAACCAAUUGCUGUGGUCCAUCGAUAAAUUAGCAAUAUAAAACAUUAAAGUUUCACAUGCAGUAUUAGAAUAAAUUUAGUAUA